AUGGAUUGCGACGGAGUGGGGAUUAAAAGAUGUUAUGGAGUAAAGGGAUUUCGAAUAAACUCGAGAAGAUUUUCAGUCGGGAGGAUACGCAGAAAAUUUCUGUAUUUGUUCAGACUUUUGGGAAGAUGGAGAUGUUCAUAUUCGAAUGCUUUGCGCUCGUUGAAGAGAAAUAUAAUUACAAGAAGAAGGAGAAGAAGAAGAAACAACAUCAGUAUGGAAUUGCCUUACUCCUCUCAUGGUUAUAGCACUGAUCAUCAUCAGUACAGGUUUAGAACACUUGCACACUCAAAUUCAUUUUGCUCUGAAGCUAUUGCUGAUUGCUUGGAUUUUAUCAAGAGGAAUUCUAUUUCUAUGGAUGAGUAUAAACCAAUGCUCAACAGAAUAUAA